AUGGCGCCGUUUCCUGAGCUCUUGAGUGCGCUUGCGUGGAAGGCGGUGGAGAAGGUGAUCGAUGCGCAUGCGAAACACAUGAUCGACAACAAGUGGGUGGAGGUGAAGCGCCACGAUGGGGUCGCCGCCUCCGCGGGCCUCACCAGCUCCAUACAGAAGGCCACCGAAGAGCCUGAGCUUCUGGGCCAUGAAAUUGAGAAUUGGGCUGCAUGCUUGGGCGGGUCGACAGUAUCAGGGCGGGAGGAGGUGUGCUCAAUGGAAGUCAUGAGAAAAAAAACCACUCUGGGGUCGUGGCCAGUUUCGCUGGAACCCACAAGUCUGAAGCAGAUUCCAGUUCCGAACUCAACCUGGCAUGACAGCCCCCAGCGCCCUGAUCAGCCUGCUACCAACCUCAACGCUGAACCCUCGCGAAACCCUAAGCUUUAG